UCCAUGUAACAUAAGAGUAUACGAAGAAAAUAUGUUAAUGUAAUUUAUUGUGAAAAAGAAUAUCAAAAGUCUUCAUUACAUUGUCAUAGAAUCUCACCACCAUUCUCUCUUGUUAGAAAUAGCCAACUGAGUUGACUCACCAACCAACCAUGGCAACCACCAAAUUAACCCUUCCAUGGAAAGUUCGCUUGUCCAUUUUCGUCCUCUCCGCUCUCAGCGACGCCUCUCGCCGCUCCAACGGCACCUUCAACCGCCGCAUCUUCAAUCUCGUUGACCGCAAGGCCCCGCCCAACCCCAACGUCGUUAACGGCGUCUACUCCUCCGACGUCACCGUCGACCCAUCACGGAACCUAUGGUUCCGCCUCUUCAUCCCCUCCAUCUCCUCCGCCGUCUCUGCCGCCUCCCUCCCAGUCUUCGUCUAUUUCCACGGAGGCGCCUUCACAUUCUUCAACGCAGCCUCAAUUCCCAUAGACGCCUUUUGUCGCCUCUUCUGUCGCUCCCUUAACGCCGUUGUUGUCUCCGUUGACUACCGCCUCACCCCGGAACACCGUUACCCCUCCCAAUACGACGACGGCCACGACGUCUUAAAAUUCCUCGAUCAAAACAGUACCGUUUUGCCAAGCAUUGCUGACGUCAGCAAGUGCUUUUUGGCGGGUGAUAGCGCGGGUGCGAACUUGGCACACCACGUGGCGGUUCGGGUUUGCGAAGACAAGCUCCGAACCGUGAAAAUUAUCGGGUUGGUUUCGGUUCAACCGUAUUUCGGAGGGGAAGAACGAACUGGUUCCGAACUCCGAUUAAACCGGGUUCCGGUCCUUUCAUUGAAAAUGACCGAUUGGCACUGGAAGGUGUUUCUGCCAAACGGGUCGGAUCGCGACCAUGGAGCGGCUAACGUAAGUGGGCCCAAUACGGUGGAUAUUUCGGGCUUGGAUUACCCGAAUACGAUUGUUUUUUUGGGUGGGCUUGACCUGUUACGUGAUUGGCAAAUGAAGUAUUACGAGUGGCUAAGGAAAUCAGGAAAAGGUGCAGAGUUAGUCGAUUAUCCAAACGCAUUUCAUGGUUUUUACUUAUUUCCUGAAUUGCCCCUCGCUCGUCUCUUCUUUUCUCGAUUGAAGGAGUUUGUGACCAAGCAAAUCUCAAACAUGAAUUGAAGCUUAUGUUGAUAUAAAAGAAAUAAAAGUGACUACAUUGAAAAAAUAACUUUAGUAGAUCCAUGAAAGGAUUUUCAUUUUUUACCUCUAAAAUAAAAUUUGAAAAUUUUAUUUUAUAAAUCUGGUUUCUUUGCUGAGUUUGCUGGUAUU